CAUAGCAACCAAACCAACGCACCUCACUCGAGUGUCCAAAUUUUACAUGGUGAUAAUUUAAUAACGUUGUGUUUGUAAACUAUAAGACACAUUCGGUAGGAAACGAAUCCUUUUAAAUAUAACAUAGAAGCACCGAGACGAGUGAAAUGUCUUUCAAAACUGGACAAGUGGAAAACAUUAAGUUUCCCUGGUUUAAGGAACGGCUAAAGACUAAAUAUCUCAGGGAUCUUCGGCAAAAGCAACAGUUAUCUGGGGCAUUAGAUAGUCGCAAAUGGCGUUUUUUGUCCCCGGGCCUGGAUGAUUUUAGAGAUGGUUACCCGACAGUCAAUAAAGAGCUCUUUACCCAGUGUAAGAGUGGACCCACCCCUGCGGUCUUUGGGAUGCCGAACCACCACGCUUGUUCAACGAAGUUCCCGCAGAAGAGACUGAGUAAAACUCAAGCGUGUUACUCAAAGCAGAAUCCCCAGAGUCAAGCUCAGCAGGAGUUCAUUGAUGCUGUCGAGCACAAACUCAAACAACACCCACUGGCCCUGUAUCCACAUCUGGAGAGCGGUCUGACACCAGAGUUAUUUGAUCAGGUGUUGUCAGUCCUGGAUCCCGAUAUGUGCGUGACGGAGGAAUUGUCCAUAACAUCUCCAACAAAGAAAACGGAACGUCUAGAAGAAAACAGAGCACAAUGUGAAUUCUCAACUCCGGAGACAAUAAAACCAUCCAUCAACAUCAAGCCUCAAAAGGAAAAAUGUAAAGACGCCAGACCAAGAAAUCCCUAUAAAUGGCAGAGACUCAAAGGAACUCUGGGUGUUAGAGACGAUCAGAUGGCGAGUGUUAAACACUUGCACUCCGUAUCACAAGAUGACAAGCAGAUGAUUACCAAGCUCUUCUGUGAAUGGAUUACUUCACUGGGUGGAGAGACCAGUGAUCUGACAGAGUCAACCAUCUUGGACCUGUUUAAGAGUGACUAUGAGAAGAAACCCUCCAUGACCUCACCUAUUAACAAGACCGAUCCUAAUCAAACUAUAGCAAAACUCCAGAGCUCUGUAGAGGAACAUCAUAAAGGCCAGCGUGUUAAGGAGUUGACUCAGGCCUAUAAACCCAACAGACCCCAGGCUGCCAAUGAUCCUCAAGCCCUGGCAGAGAUCACAGGGAGUCUGGACUUUGAGGAACAGCUGAGUGAGCAGGAUAAGGAGUUGAAGCAGAUUCACGGCAUUCAGGCAUUCAGAGAGUUCAUUAUCAAAAAGGGAGUGAGAAUGCCAAGGUUUCUCAGUGCUGUAUUCUCGGAGGAUGAACAGAAGAACAGGAUCAGAGGCUCCACAUCAUCAUCUACAGGGAGAGCUGUGCAUUAAACUCUUUAAAUAAUA